AUGGAUAUCUCAUUCUUACCCACAAACUUCCCUUCGAGUCGGAUUCCUACCGACCAGGGAAUUCAGCAUCCAUAUAUCCUAAAACGAUCAGAAACAUCUUCUCCCGUCAGCUAUGGCGUUCCUCAAUCUCCCCCUCGACACCACAAUCCUGGUCUCUCCAACAAUACUAUCUGGAGGUUUCACUCUGGCCUAGAGAAUAAUGGGUCGGCGAUGGGUUCCAGUCUGCCUCAUUACCCCAGAUACAACUCUUAUGGAGCCACCCAGGGCUAUGUGCUCACUCCAUCCAUCUCCCCCGAGGACUCAUCUCUCGCUGAGGAACCUGCUCCCCUUUACAAUCCAGUGCCUGGCAUGUCUCCUCUGUUAACACCCGGCUCUACCUCGAUCAAGACAGAGUCUGUAUCACGGAGGUUGCCACUGGAUUGGACACCGCGAGCAGAGCCUUCUGAGAGAUCGAGUGCUUUCAAACCCGACGUUUACCAUGACUCCAAGGGUGUUGGGUCUCACUAUCAACCCCCCAAACAAUCCUCUGAACCCCAAACAAACCCGAUAUUCACUACCUCGGACCCGACGCCACCAUCGCCAGCGUACUCGAAUCCCUCCUAUCGGUCUUCGCCGUUUGGAAAGAGCCCGCUAGCUGCUAAAACAACCACUCUUGACGACCCACGAACCAGUCCGGGGAGCACAGAGGGGGAUAGCGUCACAGAACCCUACUCUACGCUUAUCUACAAGGCUCUGAUCAAUGCGCCUGAUCGGAGACUGCCCCUCCAGAAGAUUUACAGCUGGUUUGAGGAGAAUACUGCAAAGGGGCAAGACCCGUCCAAGGGCUGGCAGAACAGCAUCCGUCACAAUCUGUCUAUGAACGCGGGAUUUGAAGCAGUCAAGGAAGAAUCCACCGCAGGCAAAAAAACCACCAACUACUGGCGACUCACGGACGAAGCAGUCAGGCUCGGCAUCCAGUCGACGACUCGGUAUAGAAAACACGCGAAUUACAGAAAAGCCAUGGUAUCGGAACCACCGGCGACUCAACGACAGCGGUCUGGAGCCAAGGGAGGGAAGGCGACGAAAAUAGGAGCCAAAUCACGAGGGCCUCCAACGGUGGCAGCGACAGAAGCAGGGCCGGCAGGAAGCCAGUACUACGAACUAUGCCGUCAGCCAACAGGAUUACACCAUCCAUUACAAGCCGUUUAUUUCCACCCGCCCUCGACAACCCGGGCAAUGUCACAGGCAUACUAUGGCCCUCCUGCAACUCCCAUGAGGCGGCCAGCAUUUAAUUGUGGGCAUGUCAGUGGUUGCAGCGACCCCCCUGCGGGCACUCCGGUCUUUAGUGAUGGUUGGCCAGGAUUGGGGCCCGAGUAUCUUAGUCCAGAUACUGCUAGCAGUGGUGGAUGGGAAGGGAACGCUCCGCUUCCAAAUAGCUCUUUGACAGGUCCCGAAUUCUCGACAGAUUCUCAGCUGGGAGGAUGGCCGUAUGGGAGGACUGAUGGGUUGCCUGCAUGA